AUGGCUAUUGCGAAUGGAUCAAAUAAUACUGUUGUAUUUCAAUCUGGUACCUAUAAUUUCACAUCAGCUAUCAUAAUAGACUCCGCCAGCAAUUUGACAGUGAUGGGACAAGGAAUGCAACAAACACUUUUACUUGGAAAUUCUCCGGCGGCGAUAUUCAAACCUUUUCAUUGUCAAGGACUAACUAUCACUUCAUUAGCCAUUGAUUUCGAUCCACUUCCAUUUACUGCUGGAUAUGUAGUGAAUGUGAGUACGAGCUAUCUCGAUGUCCAAGUAGUACCACCACACAAAGCUGAUAUUGGUCGACAAGUGCGCGCAAUUCUUCAAUAUGAUCCAAUUGAAAUGCGACCAGCCUUUAGCCCAAAUGCAUAUGAAAUCUAUCAGACACCACCUUCGAAUGCGAACACUAGUUUAGUUUCACCAGGUAUAUUACGCAUCCCUUUGGCAUCUUCGUCAAUAUUUGUUGCGGGAGAUCCCAUUGUCGCUCGUUAUACGUUUGACCGCCAUGCUAUUGAUGCUCAAGAUGUAACUGAUUUCACUGUCCAGUCGAUAAGAAUCUAUACAGCAUGGUGUAUGGGGGUAGUUACACUACGGGCAAAACGUCUAAAUAUAAUUGACUUUCAUGUAAUACCACGCGAUGGACGUUGGAUGAGUACAAUAGUAGAUUGUAUGCACUUUGCAGACAGUAGAGAUUAUAUAAAUAUAAUCGAUAGUAAAUGUGAAGCUCAAGGUGAUGAUGGAUUGAAUGUCCAUGGAUUUUAUUUCAUUGUAGCAGAAAUCAUUAAUUCAACUGCAUUGGUCUUUGAAGAGUUUAAUUGGUUUGAUGUACUUAAUGUUGGACUUGGCACACGUCUAGAAUUUAGCAGCAGUCAACAACAAUUCACAGUCUAUGCAACAGCAACAGUAGCGUCAUCUUCAAUCUAUAGUCCAACUUCACGACUCUUCACAUUCACUAGUCCCAUCAAUGUGAGUGUUGGAGACUGGGCUUCUGUUGCUGACACACCAACAUUGACGAUUAGGAAUUUAACUGUGGCCAACAAUCGAGCACGUGGUGUUCUAUUAAAAACACGAAAUAUACAGAUAACAGAUUCAUUAUUUAAUAGAACAAGUGGACCAGCUGUGCUGUUUGAGCCAUCAAUGUAUUGGUAUGAAAGUGUUGCGGCACAAAAUGUGACACUCAGUCGGAACAUUUAUAUCAGUUGCAAUCAAGGAAUUGCAAAACAAAAAGGGGUCAUUUCUUUUGCACCACUUCCGCGUCAAUUAGUUCCAGUUUUCUCCGACGUUAUUGUAGAGUCAUCAACAUUUCUAUUUGGAGUCUACGGUCAAGGUUUGAUUCAAGGUAACAAUGCAGCCAAUGUAUCAAUUAGGGAGAACUAUAUAGCAAUAAAUAAUUCGAUAUCAUUGAUUUCAAUCUGUAACAGUCAACAUAUCUCUGCAUAUAACAACACAGUUGUCAAGCAUCAAUUUACAUUUGAUCCAUAUUAUUAUGAUAAUGCGAAUCCCUGUCAAACGAAUUUAAGUCGUUUCAUUGAUUUACCUCUAUCAGGUUUUAACUCAUCAUUUCCACCGCCUGUAACGCUACCACACUCAAGCGGUUCAGAUGCAUGCAACAUUGUAAAUCUUUUGAAGAAUAUUUCUGAUGGUUGUUCACUAUCAAACACUAUUGGUUGA